AGGAGGUGCUGAAGAGCCAGUGAAACACCGGGGAGGGGCCAGCCCCAGCCCCAGCCCUCCUGCUGAAUGGCUCCUCUGGGGAUUAAUUUGUGAGGGGGGGAGACUCACAAAGAGUCUUUCCUAUCAGUUGUGUUAGCAACAAAAUAGCAAGUAGGCCCUACUCCUAUAGCCUAAGGGGGUUGUUUCUGUGUCCUCAAGGCUAAAAGUCAUAUUACUGCUGCCAGCUAAUGGAGAGGCUCCUCUUGGCCCUGCGGUAGCGUUCCCUACUUUUUGCUCUGGUGCUGCAGGUUUGUGUGUCAGCUGGCUGCAGCUUUUGCCUGUCUGCAAGCUGAGAGCACAGAGAUUGGGCGAGUGGCUACUGCACGCAUCAUGGCCAGGGGUGUGCCGGGGCUGGCACCCAGAUCCUGCUCUGCCAGCACAGUGGGCUGGGUCCUCACCUGCCAACUGCCAAAACCAGGGCAGCUCUUCUCAUUCCGGGGCCAGCCGGGAAGUGGGCAGACCUGUCAUCCAAGGGGUAAGUCAGAAACGGGCGGGUAGAGCCAGUUUUGCUCUGUGUAGACUCAUGAAUCCUCCUAUGCUGGCGAGGGUUGGUGACUGCGACGGGUGGCGUCCCCGUGGGAGAAGCAGCAGCAUCACCGGUCUUCUCAGCUGCAGGGAUGGGAGAGGGGAUGAAUUGCUGGCUUUCCCAGGCUCUGGAGCUGGUGUCCCAAAGCGACUGGAGCCCCAGACAGGCCUCCUCUGCACCCGAGCUGUGUGAAGCUGAGCCUGCCUCAACCCACCAGGUGGGAGGAGGAGCUGACUUCGGCCCCUAGCGUUGCUGUGAUGUUCUGCAUGGUGCCCUGGUGGGCAGCACAGCAUCAGUCAUGACAUCCAGGGUGUGCAGGGCAUUUUUCCCCAGGGGAAGAUGCUGUCCCGCCGGGGCUGUAAGCUUGAGGUCCUUGUCCUGACCGUGGUGGGGAUCCUCUGCCUCCUUUUCCUUCUCAACACCAACAAGGGCGAGUGGGUGAUGAUGGCUGCCAUGACAGUCAGCAAUACCAGCUCCCUUGCCCCCAUGCCCAGCAUCCCCACAAUCCCGCGUCGCGUUCCCCAGUGCAAGGAGAACUCCUCGGUGGCCAACAUCUCUGGCUUCACCAGCCUGCCCGGCCACAUCCAGGACUUCCUGCGCUACAAGCACUGCAAGGAGUUCCCCCAGCUGCUGGACGCCCCCGACAAGUGCGGGGGGGCUGAGGGCUCCCGGGGGGUCUUCCUCCUCCUGGCCAUCAAGUCGUCCCCUGGGAACUAUGAGCGGCGGGAGAUCAUCCGCAAGACCUGGGGGGCGGAGAGGACAUACCAAGGGGUCCACAUCCGCAGGCUCUUCCUCUCCGGGGAGGCGGGGGACGCGCGGGAGGCUUGGAAGCUGAACCGGCUGCUGCGGCUGGAGGCGGAGGAGUACGGGGACAUCCUGCAGUGGGCGUUCCGCGACAGCUUCUUCAACCUGACCCUCAAGCAGGUGCUGUUCCAUGGCUGGCUGGAGGCCCGCUGCCCCGGCGCCCGCUUCCUCUUCAAUGGGGACGACGACGUCUUCGCCAACACGGACAACGUGGUGCACUACCUGCUGGGCAUGCAGGACGCCAACGACGGCGACGGGCACCUCUACGUGGGGCAGCUCAUCGUCGACGUGGGGCCCAUCCGCGAGAAGUGGAGCAAGUACUACGUGCCCGAGCAGGUCACUGCCGUCAAGUCCUACCCGCCCUACUGCGGGGGUGGCGGGUUGCUCAUGUCUGGCUUCACCGCCCGCACCCUCUACAAGGAGUCGCUGGGCAUCGAGCUCUUCCCCAUAGACGACGUCUACCUGGGUAUGUGCCUGCAGAAAGCCGGGCUGGCCCCAGCCUCCCACAUGGGCAUCCGGACCGUGGGCAUCAGGGUGCCCUCUGCCAAGCUGGAGCCUUUUGAUCCCUGCUACUACAAGGAGCUGCUGCUGGUGCACCGCUUCGUGCCCUACGAGAUGCUGGUGAUGUGGCGGGCCAUUCACGAGCCAGACCUGCCCUGUGGGAAGAAGCUGCAGGUCUAUCAGGGCGUCUGAGCGGACCCUGGAAUCCGAGGGGAGGGGGCAAUGGGGAGGGAUUUCAUGCGAGGUUGAAGUUGCUAGGGCAUCCGCGGGUGAUGCCGCCUGUCUAGGUCUUUGCUGCUGUGCCCCGAAUGCUCCAGACCAGUCACCUCUUUCUUGCUCUUGAUGCCUAUUCCAGGAAGUCCUAGAUCCAGGGGAUGGGACUUCUGGGAAUGAGCCUCAGCAGGACUUACGGUUGACACUCUGUUGGCUGGUGUGCAUGGGGUGCACAGACAUGCUGAAUGGCUCACUGGCUUCUGGGUCCUGUCCCAACUGGUUUGGCCCGUUGGCCGUUCCUGGGAUGUCAGAGGCUUUUCCCCUCCCUUCCCCGUGGCUGCAGUAGGCAUUUCAAGCUGCUGCAGGGAUCCCUUUGCAGCGAUGUCCUUGGGGCAGCUACCUCCAAGAAAGCAAAUGCCAGGAGGCCGCCAGACUGGGGUCUCUGUGGCAUGGAGGGGGGAAUUUGUCUCCUUGACUAAUGGGCAUGUUGCCACCUGGGUGCCCAAAUCUUGGGGCAGGAUGUCACUGGCUUGGCCGAUGUCUGGAUCUCGGCCUAGACGCUGCAUCUCUGGGGCCAAAGGUCCAAACGCUGCAGGAAAUGGGUAGGGUAUCUGGCGUGAUGAGCUUGGCUCGGGUCCCAGCCCCAGCCCCAGCCCCAGCCCCUGUUUUACUGGGGGUACUAAGAGCAGGAGAUGGGCAUCAUACAUAUCCCCGCCCCAGAGCUCUGGAGCCAGAUCUGCCCCGGCGUAACCAGCUGUGGUCCCGUGAAGUCAAUGGAGUCAUGCUUAGCUCUGGGGCUAUGACGCAGAAGCAGACAGUACUAGGGGGAUGAAUCUGGUGUUCUCAGCUGGGCCCACAGGGGAUCUCUGUCCUCAGCUCCUGCCCAGUCCAUUGCUGCUAACGGUCUGGUUGUUGGAUAUAUUGACUGGCAGGGCUAGUGCUUCUAGAUGCUCAAAACAGCAGAGAGAAGCAGUGUCUGCUCCCUGCUCCUUGUGAGUCGGUUUGCCCUGUGAAUUAUGGCAAGGGGUGAAGGAGGAGAUGAACCAGAUUGAAGGAUCGUGGCAUUGGCCCUCUGGGUAGCUCGGGGAAGCUGUAGAAAACCUCAGGAGGGCGUGUGUGUGUGGCUGCCUCUCCUCUCUCCCAGCGCCUGUCUGUGCAGAUGUUCCAGUGAGAACUUGUGCUCCAGGACAAAAAUCUGCCUGGGGGCUUGGUCCUGCUGGUGAGACAGAGUCCCCACGCUGAGAUGCGCCAGGAGACCGACCGAACCCAGCUGGCUUCAGGGUACACCAUUUUGCGCUGAGUCAGCGCGAGAGACUCAGGGUAUAAAACUGCAUCUCUCCUGGCAGGAGAGGGAGCUAAUGGGGGCCUCUCUUCACCUUUGGCUCAGCUGUGUCCUGACUGUACUAAUAAACCCCCGAUAUGGACCCCCACUCCUCCCCGGGGCACAGUCCUGCAUGGCACCAAGGGGUGAUUUUCCAAAGAGCUGCCCUGUCCCUGAAAAUCAGGCCCUUGCAGGACACGGCUGAUAUUUACUAACUGAACUGGGCCCUUUGAAUUCAGGCCUAUGGCUUGGCAUGGCCAGACGGGCACGGGCUUGGCAGAAGCCCGACAUAUGACCCUGCCCUGCUCUGCCCAAGUGGAGGGCAAACCUGAGAUCUGAAUUGCUGUUAAACUUGACCCACCGGCAAUGUCUAUUGUUAAUCAAGAAAGGUACAAGUGUGCACCACAGAGCUGUGCGUCUCUCAAACUGCCUGUUGUCCCCUGAGCUCAGACAAACUGCUGCUGAGGCUUUAUCAGUUCAUUCUGUUUUAGGAGAUAAUGCUAGAACAAGUCUAAAGUUACCUAGGACAUUGGCCUUGGUUUGUUUGUUUUAUGUUUAAAACCAGCUGUUCCUCUCCCCAGCUCCGCCUUGUGUUAAAACACACCCUCCCUUCUGAACCUGCCACAUCCGAAUUGUUCAAUUUCACGUGUAGCAUUGCUCUGGAGUCAGGAACUGCACAGGUUAAAUC